AUGAUAGGUGCUUUGGGGAGGAGGUGUCUGAGGGCGCCUGGCCGACUUCCUACGAGUGUCAGGCUGUCCAGGCUGUUAAGCACUGAUUUAAAUCAUGUCCCUGUGCAUUCCCGAGGAGAUGAAUCCGGACAUAUCCAAGCAGGUCCAAAUGAAUCCAUAGUCUAUGUUGACAACUUAUUUCCCCUCAAGCUGAAAUGGCUACGUCCAAUAUCUUUUGCCAGUUCAGAUUCUUCUGCCUCUAGUCUCAUUAAGAGGUGGAUAGACAGACCUGAAUUCGCUGUCGCGAAUCCCGAGUCAGUAAUCCAGAGAGCAUUACCACCUGAGUUGCGAACAGAAAUUACAGAGAUUAUUUCUCGCUUUGACGAGGGUGGAGCUUUUGUUAAAUUUACCCAUGAGCCUGGCGUUAGCGCCACUGAACUGGAGCGUCGACUGAAAGAGCACCUCAAGAACAACCCUAUCAGACCAUGGUUUAACCCGUUUGGAGCUACUCGGGCUGCGUUGGUGCGAGGUCGACCGUGGAUAGAGGACCUUUAUCGUAUACCUAGCUGGAGACUCAAAGUUGAAUUUCUUCCGACAUUUCCUGAAGCUUCUGCGGCAGAAUUGACCCAGGAAACACUUUAUUCGUUGGCUAGACGGUACGGAAAAUUAAGGGAUAUCGUGGUCCAACCGUCGAAUUCCCAGGUUUUGCCGCGCUACGCAUUCAUCGAUUUUCAAAAUCUUCGAUAUGCGAUAACAGCUAAGAAUUGUCUACACGGAUAUAAAGUCUCAGAGGCUGAAGGAGGAGGAAAGUCAGGAACUCUGCUUAAGAUCACCUAUGAAGGAAAGGUAAAAGGGAAGUGGAUACGGGAUUGGCUAUUCAACCACCCCAGGAUUGUAAUUCCCAUUUUUGCGGCCCUUUUAGCUACUAUUACAGUUAUCGUAUUCGACCCCAUUCGAACGUUUUGCAUUAAAAUUCGAAUAAAACGACCUCUCCAUCUGGAUGAAAAUAUGAUCUGGCAAUGGGUGCAACGGCAAGCUAGCAAGGCGACAGAUAUCAUUUCAUUUCGACGCCAGCAUGCAGAGUCUGGAGGACUCAAAGCAGUAUGGGAAGAUCGGAAAAGUGAUAUCGAACUCAUCAAAAGCUGGUUGCUCGAAGCUGCUAGUACCUUCAUUAUUAUUCAGGGACCACGUGGCACAGGAAAGAAGGAGCUCAUUUUGGAUGAAGUUUUAAAGGAUCGCAAAUACAAACUGGUCAUAGAUUGCAAGCCCAUUCAAGAUGCUAAUGGCGAUAGCGUUACUAUUAACGCUGCUGCCGCCGAAGUUGGCUAUCGACCUGUGUUUUCCUGGAUGAACAGUGUCAGCAGUGUGAUAGACGUGGCCAUACAAGGAACUACUGGUGCAAAAGCUGGUUUUUCGGAAACACUUGAUGCUCAACUCGGAAAGAUUUUGCAAAACACCACCAAUGCUUUGAAGCAAGUGGCCCUUGAAACAAGAAGACAGGACGACAAAGACGUCAAUCUGAACGACGAAGAGUAUCUCGAAGCUCAUCCUGAGUGCCGCCCAAUUGUUGUCAUCGAUAAUUUCUUACAUAAGAAAACCGAAAAGCCAAUGAUCUAUGAUAAAUUGGCCCACUGGGCUGCAACCGUAAUGGCAUCCAACGUUGCUCGUGUAAUAUUUUUAACUGCAGAUGUUUCAGCUUCCAAACCGCUGAGCGAAGCUCUUCCAAAUACUGUCUUCCAUCAAUUAUCAUUGCGAGACUGCUCUCAAGACGUUGCGAAGCGUUUCGUCCUUGAGCACAUUCGAGCAGACACCGAAGGAGAUAAAGAAGGCAGCGGUAAGAUAAUUAAACAUAUGGAACAGCUUGACGCUUCUAUCCAAGUAUUGGGCGGACGCCUCACGGACCUUGAAUUUCUGGCUCGCAUGAUUAAGGCUGGAGCAACGCCAAAAGAUGCUGUACAACGGAUCAUUGAUGAGUCUUCUGCUGAGAUAUUAAAAAUGUUUAUCCUUGACCUCCCAGCCAAGGGUAGUCACCCCUGGACCGCAGAACAAGCCUGGUAUCUCAUAACAAAACUGGGGGAGACUGGUACAGAAAAUCUGAGAUACAAUCAGAUUCUUCUUAACCCGCUGUUCAAGAGCGGUGGAGAGAGCGUGAUCCAAGCCCUGGAACAAGCUGAGCUUAUAUCCGUUACCAGCAUUAACGGCUCUCCAUCAACCAUCAAACCAGCAAGACCGGUGUUCCAUGCCGCUUUCAAACAACUUACCGAUAAUAAAUCACUGAGUAGUCGAUUUGGCAUGGCAAUACUCUCACAGCUGAUCGCAAUGGAGAACGAGAAUAUCGAGACCUAUGAGAAAGAGCUACAGGUGCUCGGGUCCCUCCCUAAGCAGACAAGCGAGACAGGACCGCGGAUCCGUUGGUUGCUGGGUAAGCUCAGCGGUUCUCAGACUAGGGUGGAGGAGUAUGAGAAAUCCUCUUCUUCACUGAAAAGAGUUCUUGAUGUGGAGCAUUAA